AUGAGUGACGAGUACAAACUAAGCAUCGACCUGAAGAAGACGGAACAGUUGAAGGAGCAUUUGAAGGCCAUUGCCAAAGCUAUACAUAAUGAAUUCGGGUACUUUUGUCCAAGUGGUGGAGUGAAAGUCCCUCAAGAUCAGUCCAACGAUUUGUCCAAGAGCAUAUGGAACACCUUUUACACGUCUUGGAGGAUGGAGGAUUUCACCAGAUUGGAUCUUAGAAGUGUAUUGAAUAUCCUGAAGAGGAAUCCCUACGUGAUGGGGUGUGUAUACUUCCUCAUUAUUUUCACGUUUGUUUAUUUGUUAACCUUAUUCCUGUACACGAAAUUCUUUCGGAAUUUGAUUAAAUCCAUUCGUUGCAAAACGUGCAAAAGGAAGAAACAGAGGAGGGAACAACAAGAGAGUGAAAAUAAGGAUGUAAUGGAAAAUGUCAAGAAACGAUUCUUUAAUAUUAUGACUUAUGUGUUUUUGAGUUCACUAAUUUGUGUUCUUAUUAGUUUGGGUAUCUGGUUUAUGAUUUCAUUUUUUAAGACAAGGAAUGGGAUUUAUAUGAAUGUGUGCCAUGCGUCUACCUCGAUUGAGAACUUCCUCACCGACCGCUGUUCCGUGGGGGGCAACGUUGUGGACUCGUCUUGCUAUUCUCUGGAACACAUGGUUAAUGAUACUGUGUCCAUCGUGGGACAAUAUCAGGAUAUCAAGACGCAGAUAAAGACGGACAUGCUGGUGGAUCAGGACAGGUCUGUUCCUCUCCUUGCAAACUUCGUCACCGCGUUUGAAAACCUGAAGAAGCUACAUGGAAACGUAAGUCGCAACAACGACAUCCUGGAGAAGGACUACUUCCACACGUACCCUGUACUGACGAGGCUAGCGCAAAUUCUGGAGGCAGUCAUCCGGGAAGGAGACGCAAACCUGAAGCAUACGCAAGGCACCCUUGAUGAGGCAAAGGAAGCAGUCAAAGGAAGUUUCGAGGAGAUUGAUGAAGUGUUAGGAAACAAAUUUAGAGAAAACAUGGAAAAGGUAAACGAACAAAUUACCAAUUUUAAUAAAUCCAUGAACAGCAUAAUACACCAGUAUAAGAUAAAGCAGAACAUAAAGAAGUAUACCAUCUCGAUUCUGAUUGUGAAGUUGGUGUUGCUGAUUCCUCCACUUCUCAUUCUUAUCGGACUAGUGGUAUUCAUAUAUCUUUUGGUAAAAGGAGACAUAGGAAACAGUAGUCAUUUUUUUCUGGAUCUAUUUGGAGUUUUCAGCGCCUACUUUGGCUUCCUAACAAUUGUGAUUUUGUUAAUGGGCAUAAUAUUGCUCAGUACAUCAAUCUUGGGGGGAACGACCUGCAUCAUCGCAGAUAGGGUUUUAAAAAACGAGCUGAAUUUUGAUGUCCUGAAAGACACCACUAUUGAUUACUGCCUGAAAAAUGAAAAUUCACCACUUAUAUCGGAGGAUAUCACGAAGGGAAUUGUGGACAGUAUGAAGUACCUUGACACAGCCCCAAUGGAAAAGAAGGUGCAUGAAUUUAAUUCUUAUUUUAAAGAAAUGAAAAAAACAUUCCAAGAAAACACACGCAACUUUGUCAACUAUAUGUGGGUGGUCAUUACCAAGCCCAACGGGAACAAAUAUAUAGAUGGAAUACAUUUGGAGAAUCUUAGAAAGUCCCUCCUUGGAACUACUAUCACACGGGAUAAUGUUAAAUUUGCCCAGUUUAAUCUAUGGGGAAUAGAUGAAUACUUAAAAUAUUUGAAUCGCUAUUUUUUUGAAGGUAACCAUUUUGCCCUUUGUUUCGAAAAUGAUAUCUGCGAGAGGCAGGAAGGUAAGUUUAACAUCAGCUUCAGGUCCUCCAUUAAUGACGGCAAGUAUCACACAUUGAGGGACCGUGUUAGGAUAGGCGUGAGGAAGGAGGACCUAGACAAUGUUGUGAAUCUAUUCAUUUACAAGUCCAAAAUCAGAAACGAAAAGAUGUUCUCUGUAGAAGAUCUGGACAGCACCAUCAAGGGAAAAAUAGGCUGGAACGAAUACACGCCGAGAAUUACAAAAAGAAGGGAUGAAAAUCAAAAGACCUCCAUCCUUAGAAGAUACCUCGUGGAAGAUAUUGAAAAUCUCAACUUCAACAAUGUGAUUAGCUUCUUUGAACAAAUUAAACAAAAGUUCAUUACCCUUAGAGACAUGAUCAUUACGAAGGUGCGCAUGUUGGCUAAGAACACCAACUGCAGUAGACUCGUUGGUGAAAUCCAUAACCUGAAGAAUAUCUACUGCAACAAUGUCGUCUUGAAUAUGACUAUUCUGUCCAUCGCGCUUAUCACCUUCUCCAUCAUUUCAUUUUUCCUCUGGUACUCCUUUUUGUUUUUUUGGUUGUACUAUCAAAUGAAGAUGAAUUGA